GGCUGGGCUCCCAGUGACCUCUCGUGAUGCCCGCCCCUUCCUGGUUGCCAUAGUCCCUCUUGCCAGCGUCCCAAAAUGGCGUCUCUACUGCAGGAGGACCUGUUCGAGGCCCGCGCGCAGGCCCCGGCCCCCAGCAAGGACUUCUACCAGCUGAUCGUCACCCGGAAGGAGGUAAUUUUCAGAUGGUGGAAAAUCUCUCUUAGAAGUGAAUUUCGUGAAGCAAAGCCUGGGGAACUUAAAGAAUCUCAUGAAUACUUCUUGGAUGAUCCAUCUCUUCAGAUUCAAAUUGCUGUAGUUUUUGGUGCCAACAUUCUGGAACAUAUCUUCAAUCUGUGCCGGGGUAACUUUGACUUCCUGGAACGGCUUCCUGACCCAUUGCUCCUGUACAUCAUUUCCUUUCUGGAGCUUGAAGAUAUUGCCAGGCUUUCUCAAGUUUCACACAGAUUUAAAACGAUAUGCAACUCUGACACACUGUGGGAGAAAAUUGUGCAGAAUUUGUGUGGUGCAAUUACCCCUGAAAUGAGAGCACUGGCACAGGAAGUGGGUUGGAAGCAGUUCUUCUUCACAAACAAGCUUCAGCUUCAGCUGCAGCUCCGAAGAAGGAGGCAGAAACAGAUGAUUGGUAAAUGCUGACUGUUUACUGGCCACCAUGGCAAAUGUGAAAUGUUAAAAGGUGACCAAUGUGUAUCUGGGGUCCAAAAUUUGACCUUCAUUAAAGUGGUUUUAAAAUUAGUGAACAUCCUCUGUAGUCUAGAUGUCUAAACUUCAAACAAAUAAGCCAAUCAGCACUCUGUCAUUAAGGGGAAACAUCAUUAGAGACCAAGAACUGAAUGGGUAUGUAUACCAAACUACCCUCUUCCUUUUAGACAGCUGCUUCAGGUCAUGGUUUGGGAACACUGGAAGGAUGGUAUAUGGGUGAAAUUUUCACUGCUUCUGCCUGUGCAGGAAAUUUUGAUGAUAAUGGACUAGAGUUGCCAGUGUUGUGACUCUGGUACCUUUGAUGAGGUCUACAUUCACUUAAGUAUAUUUUCAAUUAUAAAAUAAUAUUUACUAUUGGCUCUUUGCAUUGUAGCACAUCAGUAAUGUUCCUACCAAACACAGCUGACAAAUCCAUUAAGAAAAUAUUUUACAUAGCUUAGAAUUUCAUCUUAAUUGUUGUUAAUUACAAUAUUAACUUCAACAAUCCAGAGGUCAAGUAUUAAUAGCCUUAAAUUAUUAAUUAAUGUCUACCAUGUGUUAUUGACUAGGUUUAAAUAUUGAGCAUUUAUACCAAUGCUUGCAUUUUUUCCAUAUAAUGGCCUAAAAGCUGCAUGAUUUACUCAGCUAACUCCCACAAACUUCAGUUAGUCUUCCUAAGUAAGGCCUGCAGGAUUUGGCACUGUACUAAUGAUAACAUCACAAAAAAUUAAGGCCAAUAUGGUUGCACUGGAAUGCCUAAAGUUAGUUACCUGAAUUCACUAAAAAGUGGCCUGAUUUAUUUUAUGUGUUGAGCUGAUGCUGAUGUGAGUUCAUAGUAUUCAGUACCUCUGAAAAUCAGGUCAUUUUGUUUAGGUGCCUAAAUAUGGAUUUAGGUGAUUAGUUUUAGGCUCCCAAGUAAAGCCAAAAUUCUCAAGGUGACCUAAUUUAUUUACAACACAAACUUUUAUAAUGCAAAUGGUCCUUAUUCACAAAAGUAUUCUUAUUGAAACCAAGACUUACUUAUUGUUGUCUUAUUGUAUGACUAAGGACUACUCUUGUGAGAGGACUACUCUUGUGAGAGACGGUUACUGGGAUUGGGCCCUUAAAUAUGUAGCUGAUUAUUUGAAACGUUUUAGUAGAGCCAUGUAUAUUUUGGUUAUAGUAAGUAUAGAUAUAAGGAACUUAAUCCUGACCAAAUGCCACUAACAAUUUAUACAAUAAUCUGAGUAUGGCCAUCAGAGUGACUGACGCACUGGUAAAUGAUCAAACUAAGUGUAAAAGGCGCUAAUUACAAUAGCAUGAAAGGCAGUUAGACAAGUUUUGAUCUUUAACUUCUCUAAUUUUACAGGGUGGUGUGUUAUUCUUUAUUGAUGAAGCCUUGUAUUAUCAUUAUAUUAAACAUAAAAUAAGUUGUUAUUCUUUAUAUCUAGUGCCAAUUUUUCACCAUUUUCCCCCUUCUCCAAGGUCACCAUUCAAAGUGAAAUGGUAUUAAAUAUAUAUUCUAUGGAAGUUUUUCUAAUCUUUGUGAAACAUGAAAUGUAUAAUAUACCCUUGGAGCUUAUAGAUAAAUGUGACCAUAUUCAUGCUAUAAAGCUAUUUACGUGCCAACAGUUUGCCAGAGGAAUAUUUUACCUUUUUUUAACAAUCUUUAGUUACUUUUGUUAUAUUAUUAUUUACUUUAGAACAAAUGCCGUAUUCUCUUUGGGCCAGAUUCUCAAGUGGUGCAAAUCUGUGUAGCUCCAUUGACUUCAAUGCUGAGGAUCUGGCCCAUUAUUUUUAAAAACUGGUUUAAAUGUCAAGUAUUAAAAAUGCAGUUUGUAAAUCUACUGUAAACUGGUAAUUAAGAAAUAAAAGUUUAGAUUCGACAAAGUGAUUUAUUCAGAUAGACUAAAAUAUAUUUUCUCUUAUUUCAUAUUUUUUUCUGAAUGUCAUUCUAGUAGUACUUCAAAUUUUAGAAGAAAUGUGCUAAUCUGAGUAAAUUUACUUUGCACUGGAAUUAUAUACAGAUAUCGCCUAAAUAUUUUGCUAAUAGUAAAGAGCAUUAGGAAGAAGGCCCUGAACCUUUCAAACACUGAAGCACAUUCUUAACUUUAUCCAUAUGAGUGGUCCACUUUAAGACACUGGGACUAUUUACAUUUAUAAAUUCAUUGUGUCCAUAAAUUUGUAGGAUCAGGGCUUACGUGAUUUUAUUUAAAGAUACUAUAUUUACAAGAUUCCUGUCCUUGCAGAAUAAAACACUCAUAGGGCAACUCUAAAAUAAAAAAGGAAUUUAUAAAGAACUGCAGUGCAUGAGCAUAGCUACUCAACAAUGGGGCUUCUUUCCUCAUCUUCAGGAAAGCUUAGUGCCAAUGGAUUUAGAGUUCCCUGGAUUUCCUUGGCAGUUUCUGCUCCCAGAAUCUGCUGGGGCAGGGGAAGAGGAGGGUUUCAGAUUAUGAAAGGAGAAAACACCUAAAUUGAACAUUCAUUUAAAUUGGUAAUUAUGCUGGAUUGAGGGGGAGAUGAUGCCAAGAAUGGCCAUCUCCCCACUUCCUGGAUCAACCAGGUUUUCUGUCCCCUCUGCAGAGGUGAGGAGAAUCAUUUAGCCCUUACUUUGCAGGAGUAUCUUUACUUUUAAAAUGAAAAAGUGCAUAGUUAAAAAAGGAAAAAAUCUUGAAAUAUUUUAUAAUAUAAAGUUUAUUCUCAUUACA